AUGUCACUGAGUUCGGUACUUAAUGUGGCUAGACUGCCAUUGUCGCGGUUUUCUGUCUCUCGAAACACUCUUUCGUUGGUGAGUGCCGUGAGGCACUAUCAGAACGACAGAUCGAGAGGAUCUAGCCGCGGUAGAGGUGGCUAUAAGAGUUUUGAUCGAUAUAGUAAUGGUGGGAGGAAUAGGCGCUUGUUUAAGGAAGAAGAUUCGGAUGAUUUGAAGAUAGAUGAUAAACAUUUUUCGAAAUUGAUACACUACCCUAAGGAAGAAAACGCUGAAGAAAUUACUCUGGACCAAUUGCAAGAAGAGGGACUUUUGGACAAGACUUUGCAUAAGUCUAUUUCAAGGAUGAAUUUCACUGGAUUAACCUCUGUGCAACAAAAAACGAUUAAGCCGAUUGUACAGAGCGAAGAACAAGAUGUUAUAGCGAGGGCCAAGACUGGUACAGGUAAGACGUUUGCAUUUUUGAUUCCAAUCUUUCAACAUUUGAUCAAUACGCGCAGGGAUUCGCAGUAUAUGGUGAAAUGUGUCAUUGUCGCUCCCACGAGAGAUUUGGCAUUGCAAAUUGAGACUGAAGUGCACAAGAUUCAUGAGCACAAUUAUGCUUUGAAAAAAUUUGGUUGUGUUUCUCUUGUUGGUGGUACUAACUUCGGUUCGGCGAUGAGAAAAAUGUCCUCAGUGAGGCCUAAUAUCGUGAUUGCUACUCCGGGCAGACUGAUGGCUGUUUUGGAUCAGUACGCGGACAGAUACUUCAAGUUUGUGGACUUCAAAAUCUUGGAUGAAGCGGACAGAUUGUUGGAGAUCGGGUUCAAAGAGGACUUGGAGUCAAUCUCCGACACUCUGAAUGAGAUUAAUGAUAAAUCCCCGGAUCAUAUAAGGACUUUGCUGUUCUCGGCUACUUUGGACGAUAAAGUGCAAAAGUUGGCCAGUAAGAUUAUGAACAAGGACGAAUGUGUGUUCUUGGACACUGUAGAUAAGAACGAGCCAGAAGCACACGAGAAGAUCGAGCAAUCCAUGGUUAUUUCGGAGAGGAUGGCGCACAGCAUCUACGCUGCAGUGGACCAUAUCAAGCAAAAGAUGGUAUCCGAACCAAACUACAAGGCGAUCCUUUUCACACCAACUGUUAAAUUUACCAGAUUUUUGUCUGCCAUUUUGAGAAGAGAGUUACGCUCAAAGCUUCCAGUAUUGGAAUUUCAUGGACAGAUUGACCAAAGAAGGAGAACAAAUUUAGUCAACCAGUUCAAGAGAGACAAAUCCGGUUUGUUAGUUUGUACCGAUGUCGGUGCUCGUGGUAUGGAUUUCCCAAAUGUGACAGAAGUCCUGCAAAUUGGUGUGCCUUCCGAGCUUGCAAACUAUAUCCAUAGAAUUGGUAGAACUGCUCGUGGCGGGCAAGAAGGUUCAUCAAAGAUUUUCCUGUGCGAGGAGGAAAUGCCCUUCGUGGACACGUUGUUGCGUAGAAAGAAAGUUGAGAUCAAGAUCAAAGAAGAGUAUGUUCCUACUGAGGAGACUGUUGCGGCAUUCUCUGAGGAGGUUCGCGAUGACGAACUGCUAACUGAAGCUAUAACCAGUCUAAUCUCUUUCUACAGAUCUGCUUUGAAAGAAUACGGAUUUCACGAAAGAAGGUUGCUACCCGAAGUUGCCUCUACAUUUGGUUUGCUGCUGAAUGACGAGCAACGCAAGAUUCCAAUCCACAGUAGGAAUGUGUUGGAGAGACUAGGUUUUAGCCGUUCUCCUUUAGCAUCAGAGAUGUUUGAGCUACAAGGAGAUGCCAUUGCACAACCAAGGAACAGUUAUAACGACCAAAGACGUAAUCAAUUCAAUAGAAGAGGUUCAAGUUCAUACCAGAGAGGUGGCAAAUCAUUUUCGUCUGACUUUAAUGACAGAGGAAGACAAAACAAUAACAAUUAUGGCAAGAAAUUUUAUGAAAGAAAACAAGGUCGAAAUCCUCAAUUUGCUGAUGCGACGGAGUGA